GGGGGAGGCACGGGCUGCUUUUCAUUGCGGUGCUGCGAAACAAUCGCACAUCUACCCUAAAAAGAGGAAGAAGAUUCUCCUCCGUGAGAGCUUUCCGCUAGAUAUAGAUCUAUGGUGUUCAAGGGAUACGCUCUAUCUCGCUCUCUUUCCCUGUCCUCUCUAUGGUUGACUGUGUAGGACUCUCUGGUUUACGUCUAUGGUACUGGAGCGUUUCCCGCCCGAAAAGAAAUUGGGAAGCGACGUCUUAGGUGAGCCAGAGAGAAGGAGGGUGGAGGCGGCUGCGCGGUGGGAGCAUCGGGAGUGGGGCGGAAAAGGAGAGGGCCGAAGAUUGAAAGGGGGUGGCAGUUAGUGGGAGCGAGAGGGCGAGAUGGGGGGCGGGGAGCGGGACCAGAGACCGCUAACGGGCGUGUUAACGGGGAAAGAAAGUGGGGGACGUCUCCUCUUGCAUAGGAGGAGAAGGAGGCUGGGCAGGGGGGACCUGGUGUGGUCCAGUUCCCAGAACUGUUUUCUGACUGCAUAGCACGCACACAGAAAUGGUCAAUGGAGGGGGGGAAAUGCCUACGGACACUUCCCUUUUUGUCCCUUCCACUUUUAAAAUCAUGUGCGCGCUGCUCAGUAGUGAUACUCGCAGCGAUGCAAUUAUGCACAAGGCAGAAAGCGAAUUUUAGAUUUCUUAAGUGCUUUGGUGGGGUGGGUUUUUGUGAGAGAGAAAAAGUCACAAAGUGCUUUUGCAUUUAAUGAAGUUGACGAAACUGGAAAGCUCUCUUUCUUGUCUCCUGCUUGUGUUAAAAGUAGAAGGUACGGCUGCCAAGUCGCAAUUUGCCUCUGUUUUAUAAUAUUGCCGUACACUUCCUGUUUUUGCCACAGUGUGAUCUUACAUUGGUUCUGGUGGAUGUGUUUUUGUUUUGGGGUUUUAUAGAUGAUAAAGAUAGAUGACUAGUUGCUUCCUUUACCCACCCACCCACUUCAUUUGCGAUAUUAUAUGCCAUAAAAAGGUAAAGGUACCCCUGCCCGUACGGGCCAGUCGUGUCCAACUCUAGGGUUGCGCGCUCAUCUCGCUCAAGAGGCCGGGAGCCAGCGCUGUCCGGAGACACUUCCGGGUCACGAAGCGGCAUCUGGAGAGCCAGCACCAGCACCGCACACAGAAACGCCGUUUACCUUCCCGCUAUAAAGCGGUACCUAUUUAUCUACUUGCACUUAGGGGUGCUUUCGAACUGCUAGGUGGGCAGGAGCUGGGACCGAACGACGGAGCUCACCCGCGCGGGAUUCGAACCCCGCCGCGGGUCAACCCGCCGGGAUCAACCGCCGACCUUGCGAUCAGCAAGUCCUAGGCACUGAGGUUUUACCCACAGCGCCACCCGCGUCCCCUAUUACAUGCCAUAGUGUUCUCUGAAUGUAGACCUGACAAACUAGUGUGUGGUGGACCUCCUCCUAACUCCACAUGUAAGAAUAACCAUCCACUUGUUCGACUUUCUUAGGGCUUGGAUAUUGAGAAAGGUAUAAAACAAAAGUUUAAACUUUGGUUUUAAAAGUUGGAAAAUUGAAUGUAGGUUCUGUUUGUUAAAGUUAAACUAAGCAUAUGACUGAAAAAGCUACCACUGACUUCACCUAUUCAGAUGUUGAGAGUGCACAUUCUGCUUUAAAGUACACAAAUUUGAUUGGCUUAUUACUAGGUGUAUGCAUUUGUAAUUUUCACAGAAUUUCUGCGCUUGAUAAUAAAACACAUAAAUUUAACAUGGGACUGAGGUACGCCUCAAAGUAUGAAGGGCGAGGGUCUGUAAACAGUGUCUCAGUUGGUUUUAUUCCCUGUCAUUCUGUAGGCGGCUUCUGUGAGUAUUCAGGAGCUCUGUAGAUUUGCCUCCACUUCCCAAGAUGUAUAUGUUGGUUGAAGACCACUCAGACUCUGUUCUUCAUUUGACGAGAUCACCUGGUAUCAGAUCUUGGUCUCUCCUUGUAGGUAAGUCUUCAGUUUUGUAUAAGCUGAUGCUCCCUUUUUAAAAAAUGAGUUAAAACAAACCUCUACUAAAACAAAUCCAAAUUAAAAGCUUGUUGGACAGCAAUAGUGUCUGGUGUGGUGACAUAGGUGGGACAUUGCUGCCCUCCUGGCUUCCAAACACAGUCUGUUCCCAGCACUUGCUGAAGGGGGAGGUGUCAGGAACCAGGUUCAGUGUGCCGGAGCAUAGUGGAGCCAAUCCGCCACCAACUAUUACUAGUUAGGCCAGUAAGCACUAGUGAUGUGCUCUGUUUGGAAGCCGGGAGAAUAGCAAUGCCCCUCCUUUGCCGCUGCACUGGCCACUACUGCUGGAGAGGACAUGUUACUUUUGCCUUUAUGGCCCCUUAUGUCAGGGAAAUCUGUGGUGAAUAUAGAGAGUGAGGCUUGGAUUUCAUGUGAUGGUAAGGAACUUUUAACAGGUGGGGUUAUAUUUUACAUAUUGAUUGGAAUAUUUCUUUGGUUGCAAGCCAAUAUUCCAUAAUGUAAAGGGGGUCUAAAGCUCAGUAACCUAAGGUUGUAUCCACCCAUCCUUUAUUCAGAGUAGAACCAAUGAGAAUUAAUGAUCAUGGCUAUCUCAGGCCCUUGGAUUCCAGUGGUUCUACCCUGAAGAAACGUUACUUGAAUACAACCCUAUUUUUCCGCCCACAGUAUUUUUCUGCUCCACUCCCAACAACAGUAAUUGCAAUUGAUUCUGGAAAUCCUCAGUAGCCAGUAAGAUAAUGCAGUUGUUGCAGAUGAAUGCAUUUGGUUUGCUAUUGGCAUCACACUAUAUUUCCAGCUGUCUUUCCAUGUUACACAUUAUAAUCUUUGAGAAAGUCCUCUAAGCCUAAUCAAGACAGAUUGCAAUGGUCUUCCAAAAGACCACAGGGUGAUCAGACAUAUAACAAGUUGUAAUACACAACUGGAAAAACUCUGAAGGCGUUCUGAAAGUUUCAUAUAACAGACUUAGAGUUAUUAGUGAUGUCACACAACUGGCCUAAUUUGAUAUCUGGCUCCUUAUUUGGAUUUCAAGUAAGAUUUUAUUCUCACUUGCCUAAAUGGAUCAUUGUUAUAGCGUUCAGUGGAAUAGUUAACUCAAAUGUAUUACUAUUAUUUUUUACGAAAAAUAACAUUGAAAUUUAAAAGGCCUGUCAGCACAUGCAUGAAACUUGUUUUUCUAAGAACAAAGUGUUAUAUUUAAGUAGCUGAAAGUAAAUUCUAAGUUCAUAUAUCUCCUUUCUCUUUCUAGGGAUCUCCUCUGUAGGUCUGGCUGCUGCUUACUAUAGUGAAGGUAAAGCUUAAUAAUUUUGCUAGAAGCUUAUAGUUGGAUCUUACUUAAUUAACCGAGGAAAACAAUGAAAACAGCUGAACAGUAAAAACCCAAGCAACAUGAUUAAACCCAGCAGUAGCUAAUAAAAAUAAUCGUAGUUAAAGAACAGUUUAUAUGUCAUAUUGGAAAAUAAAGUUGGUUAAAUAAAAUAUUUGCCUGGGGCUGAAAGGACAUCUACUUCAGUCCUGGGUGAACCUCAUGGGGAGGGCCUUCUGUCGGGAGACAGGAGGGGGCAGGAUCACAGCUGAAAAAGGCUCUCUCUUUGCACUUAGCUUCAGAGCACUCCAACAUUAAGGUUUUGAAAGCCUGUAAAAAACAGGAUCUUGCUUAAAAGGGGGAUAUCUGCAUUUGCUGCAAAGCUGUAACUGAUAGAAAGUUGAAUGCCUCUGCCUGGCACAGUGUGUGCAACGUACUGAAAUAAUUGCUUCGUUGCCGAACAGGUGACCUCUUUAGUUUACAAAAUGUGUUUGCUUUUACUGUUCUUGAGUUUAUUUAUCAAUCUGUUCCUAUGGAGGUGUCACAAAGCAAUUUACAAAAUAGUAAAAAUAUAUGUACAAAUAUACAUAUACAGCAACACUUAGAACAAAUGCAUAUAUACAACAAUUAAAAACAAUGCUAUACAGCCGUACCUUAGUUGUUGAACACAUUGGCACUCAUACGUCUUGGCUCCUGAACGAUAGAAACCCGGAAGCGAAUGAUCUGGUUUUCGAACAUUUUUUUGGAAGCCAAAUGUCUGAUGGGGCUUCUGUGGCUUCUGAUUGGCUGCAGGAGCUUCCUGCAGCCAAUCAGAAGCCACGCUUUGGUUUCCGAACGUUUUGGAAGUCGAAGGGACUUCCAGAACGGAUUCCAUUCAACUUCCAAGGUUCAGCUGUGGCUGCCACUACAGUCUACCAAACAGCAGAGCCACCCAUGUGGAGACGUGAAAUUUUACAGGCCUAACAACUGCACACGCAUAUUCAAUACAGAUACUAGCUGAGAUAAAGAGCUCAAUUUAGAAGGAUUGUUGAAAUAAGAUACUAGUUCUAAGGGUGGGUGUGGUUUAGAUGUUUGCAACUAAUUUGAAAUAUUUUCUGUUCAGACAGCUUGGGAUGGAAACUCUUUUAUCUUGCCGGCUGUCUCUUCGUAGCUGUGCAAAAUCUGGAGGAUUGGGAGGUAAGCAGUGUGCUAGGAAUAGGAGCCUUGGUUGCCUUAGCCAAAUGCUUGCUCGGAUUGCUUCUCCCAUAAUGCUUUGUUAAUGUUGCUUGUCAGUAUCCCAGAAAAGGGCCAAAGCAAGUUCUCAGUUAAUCUACCAGAGUAUAUGCCGUGAGAGAAAGCAAAAGCAUCUUAAGCCUUCCUGUGAAAAAUGUGAGAUUUGGUAGGUUUCACUUUGGGAGAAGGACCUGGGAAUGAGCUUAUUUGGUGUAAUCCAAUAAUGGGACAGCAGUGAACAUCUGUUAUUAUGUAUUUACUUAACUGCUACAAUAAUUGACGUUAAUGGUGGGAUACUUAUCCUUGCCCUUAUCUUUGCCUUUCAAAAAAGCAAUUAUUUUCCCACACUCCCACAGUUGAUUCUAUGCUGUGAUAUGGUGGUUGGUGUUUUUUUUUCCUGCAUAGGAAGCUAUAUUUCAAAAGGAUUCAGGGAAAGUUUUCCUAAAGACAUUCAACCUUUACAAGAAGCUGCUGACACUGUCAAGGGCAGGUCACGAACAAGGUAAAACCACAAAUGUAGCAGUAUGACACAUGUGUUGUGCAGCAACCAAAUAUAUACCGUUUUGAGUCCAGGACUGUGUGUACACUGUACUAAUGAAAAUCUGUUCGUUAUGGGGAAGGGUGAAGAGUUUAUCCUGGACAAUGAAGAAGCUAGCACCAGAAUGUUGGGAAUAUAAGCUCAGUGUCUCAUUCAGCUUCUGAAGCACAACCCUUUCAAGACAUUGUUGUGGAGUCAAUUUUUCAGUGUCACAGCACAUACAUAAUACUUUAGAACUACCUUUUAACGUUCGGCAGGUACCCUGAAUAGACCAUUUUAGACUUGUGAUAAAAAUGAUUUUAUUUCAGCAAGUCUAUCCAGAUUCAUAAUUGAGUUUUACACACUUUUUAAUAUUUGCUGCUUUUAACUUUGUAUCACUGAUGAGUGUUUUAUGUUUUAUGUACAUUGUUUAGAGGGUUUUUAAAUUAAUGGUUUAUAUAUAUAUUAUUCUGAACAAACAAUUUUUACUUCCAUAAGGGUUAAACGUUGGGUUUAUUGUUUUUAAUGGAUGUUGAGACUGAGGUUGUAAGAAAGAAACAUUCUGUGCCACUAAUUAUUGGUGAAGGAUUUGGAAAACCUAACUUUCCAUUGCCUCAGUUUCAUUUUCAUUUAGUUCUGUUGGUCCUUAAAAUAAUGAUAGGCAGUUGGCAGCAGCAUGAAAUGAAGGCUGGACUGUUUUUACUACUGUAAGUGUAGGAUAUGGGAGUGUAAUGUUUCAGAGAACACUGCAAGUGUUGCUUGGAAUCACAGUGCUAACAAUAAUAUGAUCCUUUGUCAAAUAGUGGUGGUUCCAUUGGAUGAAAUUCGGGCUGUGAAUGUGGAAGAGGAGAAAGUACGCUACUUUGGGAAGGGCUACCUAGUUGUCCUGAGAUUUGUCACUGGGUUUUCACACCCUUUGACGCAGAGUGCAGUGAUGGGCUGCAGAAGGUACCGUAUGAAUUUUCUCUUCUGCGAUGGUUCAGGAUUUGUGAGAAAGCAUCACUGAACCUUAGGCAGACAAUAUGACUUUCAAUAAUCUAGUUGACCUUGUGCCACUUACAGUUCUUGAGUUGUGGGAUGCGGGUGGUGCUGUGGUCUAAACCACUGAGCCUUUUGGGCUUGCUGAUCAGAAGGUUGGCGGUUCGAAUACCCAUGACGGGGUGAGCUCCCAUUGCUCUGUCCCAGCUGCUUCCAACCUAGCAGUUCGAAAGCACACCAGUGCAAGUAGAUAAAUAGGUACCGCUGUAGUGGGAAGGUAAACAGCAUUUCUGUGUGCCCUGGCUUCUGUCAUGGUGUUCUGUUGCGCCGGAAGUGGUUUAGUCAUGCUGGCCAUAUGACCUGGAAAGCUGUCUUUGGCCUGAAAGCGAGAUGAGCACCGCACCCCAUAGUCACCUCAACUGAACUUAACCGUCCAGGGGUCCUUUACUUUUACCUUUUCUUGAGUUGUAUAUGAUGGCCUCAGUUGCAGCUGGGGCAUGCAACUUCUUCUGCACCAAUUCCUCACUGUUGAAAUAUGCCACGAAGCUACUAACUUGUAUAUUUUGGUUGGUAUUUAACAAGCUGGGGUAUAUUUUCAUGAUUGUAGUACAUUCUAAUCUAAACUGCAGUUGAUGAAUAUGUUGCAUGCAUACUGUUCUGGCACCCUAGGUGUGGAUAACAUUGAAGUUGACAUGUAAAAAAAUAAAUUGAGACAGUUCUUCAAAAUCAGAGUUUAAAAAAGAAAACUGAGGCCCAGUGCUUAUCUAGUCCAGCGUCCCGUUCCCACAGUGGCCAACCAGAUGCUGAUGGGAAGCCUGCAAUAGCUCUUGAUAGCUUUAUCCUUCUUGAAUUUGUCCGAAUCCAUUUUAAACCCAUCCAGGUAGUGAAUUCCAUAGUUCAACUGUGCGCUGUUUGAACAAGUAUUUCCUUUUGUCCUAAAUCUUCUAACAUCAAAAAUAAUUUGGAUGUUUUAUUAUGUUGUCUUGUUACUGAACUUUGUAUACAACUACAAGGACAAGACUCUCUCUGAACAGAAGUUAUUCUAAGAGCUACCAUUGAAAGCACCAUACAUAUUAAAUGCCUUUUAAGCCUUGUGCAUCCACAGAGAGCUCCUUCGCUGCUCCCUUAGCAUGAUUUAAGAAACAAGGCAGGGUGUCUGUUAACUAAAACAUCCAAACUAGGGAAGCAUGCUUAUGGCUUCCAAACAAGGCAGGAUAAGAAGCCAUGCUUUAAUGUUGGCCUAAUUAUCCUGGCUUGUUUGAAAGCCAUUAAUCAUAAUUUGCUGGUUCAGACAUAACAGGGAAACUAACUGAGACUUUCCGGCUUGUUUGGUUGCUUGUGGAGUGAAGGGAGGAGUGAAGCAGCUGUGUGUGGGGGAACAAGGCAUGCUCAUGUCUUCGCUUACUAAGGGAGAUACGCUUGUCUGCAUGCAGCCACUAUGUGAUUAGAACACAAAAGCCUUGCACAUUUUGAGUACGCACCCCAGUCUGAGAGCUUAAUAAACACCAUCAGGACCAUCACCAGGGGAGUAAUGAAGCUAAUGGGGAACACAGUGUGAAUUGCCCUGGGCCCAGCAUCUCUCCUGCUCUGUGGUUGGGCCCGAGUGGAAGGGAUACAUAAGGAGUACUUUUAAUUUUGCUGCCUCCACAAGCCGGUGAUAUUUUGUAUAUUUUGUGCACUUUUGUGACCACCUCAAGUGGGCACAUGAAUUGCUAACUCUUGCUUGUGCCUUCUCAACAGUGAUGUAGAAGCUGUGGCCAAGCUCAUUACUGGCUUUCUGGAGCUGAACAAAGUUCCAGCAGACAAGUAUAUUGAGAACAGCAGUGAAACAGAUGUCAGUGAUGAAGAGGAACCCUUCUCAGAAAUCUACGGUAGCAGCAGUUUAGAGGGACCAGGAGAACCUGAUUUUUAAAGCUUUCCUUUCAUCCCCAGUGAAAUGAAUCUUUUAUUAGAAUUUCCUUACAUGUGGUUUUAGAGAAACAAAAAAAAAAAAAGCAAAACUAUUGGCCUGGUUUAGAUGAUCAUGAUCACCUAAGACAGCCUUGAAUUUGAGCACUUCCACUUUAUCUCGGUGUGCGAGAGAGGAGUGAAAGCUUUUGUUUUCAUGUUAGAACAAACCAAAGUUUUGAAUUGCAUUGGGAAUUGUGACCUGUUCUGAAACUAUGGUUUGAGCCGGAUUGUUGGUGUGUGUUUUUUUAAAGAACAAAGCACUGUUCAUAAAUAAUGUGGUUUUAAGUGUAAGCUUUCACUCUCCUCUUGUGUGUGAAGGAGAAGAGGGACAAGGGGAGCCCAAGGUACACCGGUUUGUUCCUGAUAAUUUAAACCAUGGUUUAGAUGAUAUCUCGAACCCAGACCUUUAUGUUGCCUUACACAUAUGUCUUCAGAAGACUUGUUAGCUCAUUGGUGAGAGACUAGUAUCUUCAUUUUUAUAUUUUGCCACAAGUUGGUGACAGCAGAUGAACUUUCUAUUACUGCUGUAGAAGUAUGGUUUUUAUGUGUGAACAUUUUUAAUUUUUUUUUUACUGUUCUUUAAAGGAAAUUUCCAGUGUAGUAAUAAGAUAUACAAACUCUGGAUUUUUUUAAUUUAAAAAACCCACACAACAAUGGAAGAGCUUUUUGCAUUUCGGGGCUGUAGGUACGAGUCCAGCCUUUCAAGAUGUUACUUUUUAAAAAACAUUGAAGACAGUAAGUUUUAUUUUUUAUUAUUAUAAAAAAAGUAUUAAGAUCUAUGUCAGGGUGGGGAUUCUGUGCCCCUCUGGAUCUUCCAGGACUCCAGGUCCAACGAACCUUUGCCAGCAAGGCCAUGCUGCCUGGGGCUGUUAGGAGCUGGGAGUCCAGGAACAUUCAGAGGGCUGCGGAUUCCCUGAUCUGCCAUUGUUUUUGAGUUUCCCCCCAAAAAAUAUAUACCUCAUUUUAUAAGAGCUUUUAAAUGUCUUGAUUUACAUGUAUCCUUUUGUUUUCCUGUUCAUGGUAGAUACUUUAUGAGCAGCUAAGGGUAGAAGAUUGUAAACGCUCGUCAUGCAGAAAUUUUACUUCUGAUCACUCCCGCUACUCUUAAGUGUUCUUCAGGUGUCAAUUGCAACAGUAAAACUGUUUUAUAAAGUGGCGUUUAAGCCUUUAUACAAUUUUUUGUAAAGCUCCCUGUACUGUUUGGAUAUCCAGUGUUAAUAUUUCUUAUUGGAUCCUUGAUUCUUAUGGAACUUUCUUCUUUUAUGUUUCCUUUUAACUAUAACAUGUAUAUGUAUAUUUGGCUUUUAAAUUAACAAAGUUUGUAAGAAGCUAAAAAAAAAGCUUCCUGCAGGUACUUGUACAUUUCACAUAGGGCAAAAUGAAUGGUGAAAAAGAAUGCAUCAUUUAAGUACACAAAGCUUGUAACUCUUAAGAUAAUACAUGUAAUUGUAAGUAUUCUAUAAAAUUUGAGAGGCUAUAUUCAGUUGUAUUGCAAUUUUCUCAUUACAGUAGAUAGAAGGAAUUUUAAUUUAAAUCAGAUUAUAAUGAGGUCAUGUUUCACUAUUAAGUGGUGUCUCCUCAAACACUUGAGAUUCAUGGUCUUUGGAUGAUCAUGGAGCCUCAGUUGCAUCUGGAAAUUAAGGUUGUAAUGGUAGUAUCUGGAGCAAGCAAUUCCACCACUUCCUGUCCUCAUCUCUCUGAUGGAGAUUCCAUACCUCCUUUUGGUUCAGACAUGGAACUGUUACGUGUCACAUGUCUGUUUACAUUCCAGCAGAGUUCGCUGGCAUAAGCGGAACUUCCACUGUAUUUUUUUCGCUUUUGACUCUCUCCGAUAGGACGGCAAAGAGAGACGACAUGUUUCUUUGUCCUGAUUUAUGUUUAAUAAACCCGUAGUUAUAGUAUGUAUCCACAGCCUCAAGCUUCUUCUGUUUGUGCAGUUUGCUCUGCUAAGUAAAGUGUGCCCAUGUUAGCAAACCUGGGUCACUGAUAUAUGUCGAAACCAGAGGUCGAGGGAUCUUCGCAGCAUGACAGCUAGAAGGAGACAGUCCAGUUGGGAGCUAGCCAGCUGGCUGUUCAACCCCCGAAUGCUGACACUCUCACCUGAAGGCUUUCCUACUACUAGGUACUCUGUGUAGGUAUGCGCUUCCUUCAGAAGAUGCUGCUGGAGACAACCCAAAGUCUGAGACUUUGAGUUCUGACAUUCCAGCCCUAGAAGUGCAGUUUUAAAUAAAUAAGCAAUCCAAUUUGAACUCCCAAGGACCACUCUCUCAUAGGAAGCCUUUUACUCUUCACCAUAUGCCUGUGUAGAAAUAGAGAAAUACAUAUGACAUUCCAGAGGGAACUGAUGUAUUUUACCAUGCCACCAACCAAAGCAGCAGCAAGCUUACAUGCAUUACCUUGGAGUAAAUUCCACUGAACUGAGUGGGGUUUCCUUCUGAUGAGAGGUGCAUAGGAUUGCAGUGCAAAUACCUCUGCUGAACUGUGUUUAAUGUUCUGGUUUGCAAUGUGCACUGUUUACGAUCUGAUCCAUUCUUCUUGAUUCUGUCGGCAAGCUUUAAACCAUUAAUUAGACCAAUGAAUGUUUUGGUAGCAUGUAAAAUAUUAAAUGUGAGGGAUUAGGUGUUUCAUUUGAUGAAAUCUGAGAUUGUUUCUUAGCAGCAAAAAGAUGCUUUUAUCUAGCUCCUGGCUACUUUUAGACAAGAGCUUAGAUGUCCUCUUGUGGUUUCACUCGUGUUCCCACCUUCUUACACUGGGUACCUGUGGAAUCAUUAGUUUAAGUGUGCAAAACAACCAUUCAGCAGCAGGGGCUGUGCAGAGCCAACACCAUCUGCAGCCCAGCUCUCAUGGCAGCAGCAGGUGUUGGGGCCAGAAUGAAGAAACGAAGAACAUUUGCUUCUGAUCUGCUUUGGGCAACUUAUUCCUGCUUCCUUCUUGAGAAAUCUGUUUGGGGGCAUAAUGAGGCUUCCCCAACAUACCAGUGGAGAUGUUCAAAGCAUACUAAUAAAUGGAUUGUGCAACUUUUUUAUUU